UCAAGGAAGUGCCGGUGGAUAUAUGCGCCAAAUGUGGUUCUCAAACUGCAAAAGAUCCCUACUCUUGGAGGGGGUAGGAGAAAUCAAUUUUACGUCAUAUUUUUCCAGGAAGUGUCUGAAAAUGCGCCUAUUAUGUGGUACAACUUGCAAAUCCCGUUGCAAAUGCUUCCGCCCAGAGGCUAUACCCCCGCUUGGUCGCUCGAUCUGUCGCAAAUUCGCUCCAUUGUUUUUCAUAUAUUUCACCCCAUGCGAUUAUUUUUCAUUUAGACCUAGUUUAAAUAUCAUAAGAUAAAUUUAAAAACAUGCGAAUCUAAUCCCUUACUAGUAAGAGAUUAGAUUUCCUAUUGUUGUUAUACCGUCAGCCUAGACGUGCAAAAUUCUCCUUUUCCUUUUCGAUUAUACGAUUUAGAGACACUAUAGGACCCAUUAUUGGUGGCUAUCCUCCUCUUAUUGGUCGUGUGCUUUCAAUGAGCGAUAAAUACUCGGAUCCGUGAACAACCUGAGAGGAGAUCACAUUCAAAUGUUCUCAAAUUAAUUUGUUAAAGAAUUUGAUGGGAACCGCCAUUUCCUCCAUAUUACGCCAAGAAUGAACGGAAUGUAGGCUUAUAGCAAGAAGCAGAUGUGAGGACUUUGAAUUCAGUGCAGCCUGCAGAUCUGAUGGCAGCAGAGACUGUUCAGUCAUUCCCAGAAGUCAAGCAAGAAAUGGAGAGAGGGACACUUGAUCAUCACCAACCCACGUAUAGAAGUGUAGCAGAAAGUGUCCAUUUAGUCCCAGAAGAUAUUUUCAAGCAAGUAGCAGAGAGAGAGGGGCAUCAAAUCCUCUCAGAACAAUGGAUAGGAGUGCAGCAGAAGGUGUUCAGUCAGGCCGAGAAGAUAUGAUCAAGCAAGUAGCAGAGAGAGGGCCCAGAGGGGCAUCAAAUCCUCUCAGAACAAUGGAUAGGAGUGCAGCAGAAGGUGGUCAGUCAGUCCCAGAAGAUAAUGUCAAGCAAGAAGUUCAGAGCAGGACCUUGAGUUCACUGCGUUCUACAGAUAUGUGCAUAGAAACAACCCUCGGACAUACUAACAAGCAAGAAAUGGAAGGUAAGACCUCCAGAGAUGAAACUGCCCCAUCAGUCCCAGAACACAGUAUGCAAAAAGCAGAGAGUUGGACCUUACAUACUUCGCCAACUCCAAAUAGGAGCUCAACAAAAAUUAUUCCAUUUGUUGAAGGAGUUCUCAUCAAGCAAGAGGUUGAUAGCAAUGCCGUUCAUUACCUGUCACCCAUGAAUGUAUUCAUUCCGUCAGUCAUAGAAGUUCUCAUCAAGGAAGAAGCAGAGGCCUUCUCAACUGUUGGAGAGGAAAUCAAUCAGCUGCCCCUCGAAACCAACAUCAAGCAAGAACCUACAGAAGAAAGUGAAGAGGAAGGUGUUCCAUCAAGUCUAGAAGGUAAAAUCAGUCAUGAAGUUGGUAGUACAACCCAUAAUCCUGUGUCAAGUACUGAUGGAGACGAGGAAUCUGAACAUUCUACUUCAGAAGGUGAUAUUGUUGACAAAGGACAAGAGACGGUAGAGAGUGGAAUGUCAAUCAACAGUGGAGGUAAAUCUCAUCUUUGCUCACAUUGCGGCAAGGUGUUUCCCACAACAGAUCGAUCCAACAUUCACCUAAGGAUACAUUCUGGAGAACAGCUACAUCAGUGUCCAUGUUGCAUUAAGAGAUCAUGUCAGGCCAGUCAUCCCCAUCUCCACUUGAGAUCACAUGCAGAAGAAAAGCCAUAUGAAUGUUGCUAUUGUAAAAAAGGAUUCUCUCAGGAAAGUGUACUCAAUCAACAUAUACUAAUACAUACUGGAGAAAAGCCAAAUGAAUGUUGCUAUUGUAAGAAAGGAUUUUCCCAGAAAAGCCUCCUCAAUUGUCAUCUACUAGCACAUACAGGAGAAAAGUCAUAUGAAUGUUGCUAUUGUAAAAAAGGAUUUUCUCUGAAAAAUAAUCUUAAACGUCAUCUCCGAACACAUACAGGAGAAAAGCCAUAUGAAUGUUCACACUGUAAGAAAGGGUUUUCUUUGAAAAGCAAUCUCACCCAACACCUCCUAACACACACAGGAGAAAAGCUAUAUGAAUGUUGCAAUUGUAAGAAAGGAUUUUCUCGAAAAAGUGCACUCAAUCGUCAUAUACUAACACAUACAGGAGAAAAGCCAUAUGAAUGUUGCUAUUGUAAGAAAGCAUUUCCUCAGAAAAAUAAUCUCAAACGUCAUCUCCGAACACAUACAGGAGAAAAGCCAUAUGAAUGUUCACAAUGUAAGAAAGGGUUUUCUUUGAAAAGCAAUCUCACCCAACACCUCCUAACACACACGGGAGAAAAGCUAUAUGAAUGUUGCAAUUGUAAGAAAGGAUUUUCACGGAAAAGUGCACUCAAUAUUCAUAUACUAACACAUACAGGAAAAAGCCAUAUGAAUGUUGCUAUUGUAAGAAAGGAUUCUCUCAGAAAAGUGCACUCAAUCGUCAUAUACUAAUUCAUACAGGAGAAAAGACAUAUGAAUGUUUCUAUUGUAAAAAAGGUUUUUCUCUGAAAAAUAAUCUUAAACGUCAUCUCCGAACACAUACAGGAGAAAAGUCGUAUAAAUG